AAUAUAAAUAAACUCUUAAAUGUAAAAUUUCUUUCAAGAUACGUUGAUUUCAUCAAUCUUAUGACUUAUGACUUCCAUAUAACUUCUGAAAACAAAACUGGAUACAACUCUCCCUUAAGAACUAAUGACUCUUUGAAUAUUAUCGAUGCUGCAAAUUAUUGGGUUCGCGGUGGAAUGCCCAGAAAUAAAAUAAUUAUUGGAUUCCCUACUUAUGCGCAUGGAUUCAAGUUGUCAAAUCCCAAUAGUAAGGACCUAAGUGUUGGUGCCCCAGCAUCUGGUCCUGCUAAUGCGACAGAAUUUGCUCAAGAACCUGGAGUUGCAGCUUAUUUUGAGAUUUGCGAAAUGCUAGCAAAGGGUGCCAAGGAUUUUUAUGAUCCAAAUGCUCUAGUUCCUUAUCUCUAUCAAAAUGGUGAAUGGUUUAGCUAUGACAAUCAGCAAAGCUACUUACAAAAAAUAAAAUGGUUGAGUAGCCAAGGAUUUGGAGGGGCUUUUGUUUGGGCCUUGGAUUUUGAUGAUUUUAAUGGAAAAUGUUCGGGAAGUAAAUAUGGCAUUUAUCCAUUAAUUGGAACUAUUGCCAAAUUAUUGGGUCAAGUUAAACAUGAAUUGGUUUCAGUUUCGGAAAUUAUGAAGGUAAAAUAA